CAAUAAUAUUUGGAUUCCGAACACAUGGUUGGCUCAAGAUUUGUUUACAUGGAAAUAAUUCUUGUUACUUGUUGAUAUUGUGCUAGUUGGCUAAAUAAGAAAAAAUGUCAAGAUUAAUAGUGAAGAACUUACCAAAAACAAUCACCUCUAAAAGAUUGGAAAAACAUUUUGCUGAAAAAGGCACAAUUACUGAUGUGCAAUUAAAGUAUACUAAAGAAGGAAUUUUCAGACAUUUUGCUUUCAUAGGUUACAAAACUGAAGAAGAAGCUAAUGCAGCAAAAGAAUAUUUUAAUAAUACAUAUUUGGAUGCAUAUAAAAUACAAGUUGAAAAAUGUGCCAACUUAUCAGAUCCAAAUAAACCUAAAUCUUGGAAAAGCAAGAUAGCUGAAUCCAAAGCACAUCAGCAUAUAUCAAAUUCUACAGAAGUUAAAGAAGAUGUUAAUGAAAAGGAAAAGAAAUCGAAAAAGAAGAAAAAAUCUGGAGCUGUUUCUGAAGAUAUACCUGAUGAACUGUUGAAAGAUCCUCAGUUCAAAGAAUUUUUAGAUGUCAAUAAAGAGAGGAAAAGUAAACCUGUAUGGGCUGAAGAUAUUGAUGUUGCACCUGAAACAGGAAAUGGUUCUGAUGAUGCAGGAUCAUCAUCUGAUAGUGACUAUGAUGCAAAUUACAAAAUACAGGAAGAAACAGAUGAAGUUGCUGAUUCUAAACAAUCCCAAAGUGUUCAGAAGAAGAAAAAGAAUAAAAAAUCUAAAAAUAAGGAGGAUACUGAUAGUGCACAUGAAUUUGAUAGCAAAUCUCCCAUUAAAAAGGAAGAGGAUACAGAUAGUGAGGAUAAACCUGAUACUUCAUCCCCUAUUAAAAAGGAUGAUACAUUUGAUUGUUCGUUUACAGUAAAGUUAAGAAAUUUACCUUUCAAAUGCAAAAAAAAACAAAUCAAACAAUUUUUUAAGCCUCUAAAAAUAAAGAGUUUGAGACUUCCACCAAGAUCUAAAGGUUUUGCUUAUGUUCAGUUUAAAACUGAAAGAGAUAUGAAACAGGCUUUAAACAAAAGUAAAGGAUUUUUGGAUGGUCAUCGUGUUGAUGUCGUCAAGUAUGUAAAACAAAUUGUGGAAGAGCCAAAGCAGAAAAGCAAUGGACAGGUUGAAAUUAGCCGAGAACAAUAUGAAGAGUUACUUGCAGAGAAUGGAAGAAUAUAUGUUCGAAACUUAUGCUACACAGUCACAGAAAAAGAAGUUGAAGAACUUUUCAGCAAAUAUGGUCCUUUGACUGAUGUUUGUGUACCUAUUGAUUUUCUAACAAAGAAAGCACUAGGCUUUGCUUUUGUUUCAUAUGUUUUUGCUGAGCAUGCUGUUAAAGCUUUUACAGAAUUAGAUGGAACUAUAUUUCAGGGUAGAUUGCUACAUUUAAUCCCUGCCCAACCAAAAAAGGAAUAUGAAAUAAAUGAAAAUGAAACUAACUAUAAGAAAAAGAAAGAAGCUAAAAUGAAGCAAAUGAGUGGAAGUUCUCACAAUUGGAAUAUUCUGUUCUUGGGCAAGAAUGCUGUAGCAGAUGUUAUUGCUGCAAAAUACAAUGUUGAAAAAUCUAAAUUGCUUUCUGGAGAUUCAAAGGAGAGUGUAGGUGUGCGAAUGGCUCUUGCAGAAACGGAGAUGGUUAUGGAAAGUCGGAACUUCUUGAUAAAAAACGGUGUUCAGUUAGAUGCGUUUAGUCAACCUGCUGUUGAGCGUAGCAAAACUGUUAUAGUGGUAAAACACCUUCCUGCUAAAACCUCUUCAGAAGAAUUGAAUGAGCUUUUUUCAAAGUUUGGAACUUUAUCUAGAGUAAUCUUGCCACCUUCAGGAUUGAUAGCACUUGUUGAAUUUGAAAAUCCACAAGAAGCAAAAAAUGCUUUUAAGAGAUUAGCAUAUUCAAGGUUCCAUAAUAUGCCUCUAUAUUUGGAAUGGGCACCACUUGAUGGAGUUAAAGAACCUCCCCCUACAACAGCAACUGAUAAUGAGGAAUCACCUACAAAAACUUCUCAAGAUGAUGAGUCAAAGGAGAAAGAAAAUACUACAGCUGUUCCAUCAGAACCUUCAAAUGCAGAUGUUGAAGAACCACCCCCUGGUACAACCAUUUUUGUUAGAAAUCUGAACUUCAGCACUACUCAAGAAGCUUUAGAAAAGCAUUUCAAGAAAUGCGGUCCAAUUAAUUAUGCUGCCAUAUCCACAAAAACAGAUGCCAAAACAGGGAAGUUACUAUCCAUGGGGUUUGGUUUUGUACAGUUUCAAAAUAGAGAAGCAGCUGUUUUCGCUCUCCAGAAUCUCCAGUCAUCUAAACUGGAUGGACAUGCAUUAGAAUUGAAAUUUGCCAAUCGUGACCUGAAACCACAAGCUGCUAAUCAAAGAAAAAAAUAUGAAGUGAAAAAGCAAAAAUCUGCAAAGAUCCUUGUCCGAAAUAUACCUUUCCAGGCAUCAGAGAGAGAAGUCAGAGAAUUAUUUGAACAGCUUGGAACUUUGAAAUCUGUUCGAUUGCCCAAGAAACCAGAUGGCAGUGGAGAGCACAGAGGUUUUGGCUUUGUUGAAUACAUCACCAAAGAUAAUGCUGAGCGAGCAUUCAAUACUCUGUGUCACAGCACCCAUUUCUUCGGUCGGCGUCUCGUUCUGGAAUGGGCUAAUCCAGCUUCUGAAGAUGUAGAAGAACUCAGGAAAAGAACGGCGAAGACCUAUGUUGACUCUGGACCCAAGAAACAAUCAAGGAAACGAAAACUAAACGAUGAUGUCGCUCUUUCAGCUGCAAAAUAUGGACAGGACGACGAUUAGAGGUGGCGAAUCACCACGUUACUUCUGAAUUUUUGAAGAAUAUUGUAUUUAUAUGUACAAAUUUUUAAAAAUAAACUAUUUUUAAGAAAUAA